AUGGCCUACCCGCCUUUCAUGGUCAAAUCAGCUGAGAUCGAAAGCUGCUGGGAGCAGCUGCGCAAGUUACUACAGCACGAGUACGAACAAACUGCGCUCGAUCAGUGCCAACAAUCCGUCAGUCUUCAUAAAGGCCUUCAGGAUAUGCUUCGUCUCACCACCGACGUGGAUGGUUUCCCGCCCCCUAGUAUCGAUUGUAUCAAAUCAAAUCUGGGCGUUGAGCGCGAUUUCAGCAAGGAUAUCGAGGAAGCCACAGAAGCAUACAAUGUCGCUGUCUGCCGCACUAUUGGACCUGCCAUGUACGGAAAGUUACCACGGGAAUUGCGCGACAUGAUCUACGAGUAUUUGACUACGAGCACACUGCAUCUGACUCCUAUCGCUGCAUACUUUGCCUCGGAGGAUUCCGACAAAGACGACCUUUGCCCAGAGCGCUACUGGCGAGCCGGUGUCAUCGGUCCUGAAGUAGUGCAUGAGCUCAGAGAAUCUUGGUACCGGAACACCACGUUCCAUGUAGAUGGCGAUCAGUCCAUCAAGACGCUACUCGACAGAGAUCGUUUUGAUGCAGGAUUGCAACCCCGCGAGCUCAUCAACAAAGUCACACGUCAAAUCGGGGUCGUGACAGGGACGACAGAAGAAGGAAACAUGCAGACCGUGCUACAUCUCUACGAACUGUUUCUAUUGAGAACGCUGACACAACUACAAGUCAAUGUAUACAUGUCCCAUGUCAGGACUGGGGAAAGGGACAAGAUGUUCAGGUCAAUUCUGCGGCUCAUACGUUCAACAAUCAUACGUCUGAGAGAAUCAGGAUAUCAGUGUACAGUCACAUUGGACGAACGAUGUUCGGACUGUGUUGAUCCAGAGACUAUCACGGAGUGGGACGACGACAUUGCAGCGGAGAUUGAUAGGCGGACAACCCCGCGCUGA